UGUCCGUCUAUACCUAUUAAACGAUACACUACUUAACAACAUCUGAGAUAAUGGUUUCCGAUGGAGAUAAAACUGUUGACCAGCAACCAACGAAAAUUCCCGAUUGGUUGAAUGAAACGUUUUUUGAGGACAUCUUUGUCGAGAAGCAGCGUUUAGACCGGGGCAAGUUCAAGGUGAAGAUCAACAGCACAAGUCUAACGGGUGGUGCUGGGGAAAAUUAUACAUCGACACUGUAUCGGGCCAAUGUGGAUGCCGUGUGUGACGAUGGCAGCAUUAAGUCUCUCAUUGUCAUAAUCAAAACAAUGAUCACCGCUCCAGAAAUGAAGACUUUCAGCGUAUUUACUCGGGAAAAGCACUUCUACGAAGAGACACUACCGGCGAUGGAACGAAUGUGGGCAGAGGCAGGCGAAACGGUACGGUUUGGCCCUCGUUGUUGGAAAACCAAUGAAGGCGAAGCGGACACCAUUGUUCUGGAUGAUCUCGGCGCCGAGGGCUACAGCGUGGGAAAUCGUCAUCUGGGUGCCAAUUUAGAACACGUCCACAUAUUGCUCGCAAAGCUCGCCAAGUUCCACGCAGCUGGUGCUACCCACUACAGGAAGAAUGAAACGACGUCUUCGCUUUACGACAAUAUUCUUAUUAAACCGAACGGAAAAGAAUUCAUGGAGAAAUAUUUGAAUACUAUAGCACCGGUGUUCCUGGAAUCUCUUUCGACCUCGUCGGGUCAUGAACGCUACAUAGCUAAAUUGGAAAAAAGCACUGAAAAUGUAUACGAAAAGCUAUCGGCGGCACUCACUAAAGAUGACUCGGGUUUUGUCACUCUCUGUCAUGGAGACGUGUGGACCAACAACCACAUGUAUAGCUAUCAUGGAUCUGGAGCUCCCAAGGAUGUUUUACUGAUUGACUUCCAAGGUCCGUACUAUGGCUCACCGGUUGGAGAUUUGUUCUAUUACAUUAUAAGUUCCUCAUCGUUGGAGUUGAAAAAAAGUACUCAAUUUGACGAGUUGAUACAGUAUUACCAAAAGCAGCUGGCUAAAGGGUUGAAGAAGUUGAACUAUCCGGGUGCUAUCCCUAGUUUGAGAGACAUACAGAUAGAAAUAUUGAAACGAGGUUUCUUUGGAAUGUAUUGCUUGUAUUCAAUUCUUCCGAUAGUCUUGGCAGACAAGAGCGACAAUGCCAACCUUGCGGGACUUAUUGGCGAUGAUGAGGAAAACCAUAAAUUCCGGUACGACUUAUUCAAUAAUCCAUUGUUCCACGAACAUUUGAGGUCUCUGUUUAAAAUUUUUGAUGUAAGAGGGCUGCUGGAGUUUGAAUAAAAUAGACCUU